AUGGCGUGUUUUGGAGGAGGGUUUGUGUUUGAGGAUUUCUUCCCGGCCAUGGUGGAGAACUUGGGCGCGGAAGGGUUUAUGAAGGAGCUAUGCAAAGGGUUUAGGUUGUUGCUGGACGAAGAGAAAGGCGCGAUCACUUUCGAUAGCUUAAAGAGCAAGUCUGCGAUGUUGGGUUUGGAGGAUAUGAACGAUGAAGAGAUCAUGUGCAUGCUGCGCGAAGGUGACUUGAAUGGCGAUGGCUUGUUAGACGAAAUGGAGUUUUGCACUCUCAUGUUCAGAUUGAGUCCUGCUUUGAUGCAAAGUUCAACUUAUUUGUUGGAACAAGCUCUCGGUCUCGGCCAGGUCAUGUAGGCCACUCGAUCGGUUUUCUCCCUCAUUGCCCAAC